AUGCAUAUCCCAAGCAUAUUUGCCUUCUCUGCUUUCAUCACAAUCACCUUGGCAUACCAGCAGGUUCGCCUGCCUUCUUACUUAAGUCGAGAAGAGCAUGUGUCGAUCAACCCGAAGGACUACCCGGCCGAACACAUAUAUAUCCCAAUUGACCACUACAAUGACAACGACAACCGGACGUUCUCCAACCGGUUCUGGGUAAACUCGAAGUACUACUCUCCGGGCGGCCCAGUCUUUUAUUUCGACGCUGGCGAGCAAUCUGCCCAUCCAUUGGUCCCGUACUUCCUCUAUGAGGCUUCCGGGCCUAGUAGCGUCAUGACGCUGGCGCGGAUGUUCAACGGACUGGCGGUUCUCUCCGAGCAUAGGUUCUACGGCGAUGCCGGUCAUGGUAGCUUCCCGUUCCCCAUGAAUGCAGAUGGGAUGGCAGAGGGCGGGUACGAUGCUUACAAGUAUCUCACGACCGAGCAAGCGUUGCAGGAUCCAGUCUACUUUGCGCAUCACUUCGAGCCGCCGGGGCUGGAGCACUGUUGGGACGAGCUGAAGCCAGAAACCACACCAUGGGUGUGGCUUGGUGGAAGCUAUCCAGGUAUCAGAGGUGCCAUGAUGCGUGUGCGCAAUCCAGAGACUUUCUACGCCACUUGGGCUUCCUCAGCGCCGACCGAAGCGGCUGUUGAUAUGUGGACAUACUACGCCCAGGCAGAGCGGAGCAUGACUCGCAACUGCAGCGCGGACUACACAGCCAUCACAUACCACGUUGACUCAAUUCUGGCCAAUGGGACCAAGGCCGAGCAGGACGAGCUGAAGAUCGCACUCUACACAGCAGUCAUGUCGACGCCUGGCGGGUCGAAGCCGUCAUCUGUCAACAAAACUGAAGCUAGACAACUGUCGAAUGCAGACGUUGGCAACUACCUUCUGCUUCCACUAAGUUUCUACCAAUACUAUGGCUUCGAAGCAUCCGUCCAGCCAUUCUGCGAUAUCAUGCAGACCGAGAAUCGGACGCAUGUGCGGACUACAGACAAUGGCGGCACGGCGCCAGCGCUUGCUUUUGAGUCCGGCCUUGCGGAAGCCCACAAUAUUCCCAGAGCAUGGCAAGCUUUCCUAGUCGGGAUUGCUGAGAUUGACUAUGAUAGCGUUCCAUAUGAGGGUGAUCCGAUCACGGGGUACAGCUGGAUGUGGCAAUACUGCUCUGAAUAUGGCUACUACCAGCGCGGGAACCCAGAGAACCCACACACGAUCCAAUCCCGCUUCAUCUCGCUCGAGCGCUUCCAACACAACUGCGACGAAACGUUUCCGGAAGGCCUCCCUCCACAGCCCAAUGUCAGUGCGGCAAACAAGUACGGUGGCUGGCACAUGAACCCUUCCAACACCAUGUUCAGCUCCGGCGAGUACGACCCAUGGCGAGCCCUCUCACCAGCCUCCGUCGAAGUCGGCUCUCCGAACCGCACGAGCAUGCAAAAGAUUCCGGAGUGCAACGUUGCGCCGCCCAGCGAUACCGUCUUCGGGAUGGUGUACCGCGAUAUGGUGCAUGUGAGCGAUAUGCGGGCAUUACUCAAUGAGAGCGAUGUCAAUCACCAGAACUUCAGCACCGUUGGGUUCAGCAGUCCGAUCAGCACGGAGCCGUUCUAUGCCGGGGUGGGACUGUUCCAGAUGGCGUUGGAGGAGUGGUUGCCGUGCUUUCGGGGUGGGAAGUAUGGUGAGAUGACGUUCCAGUUUCCGAGUGCUGUUGGAGAGGGCUGA